AUCCGUCAGUUCUUUUCGCUUUUCCCGUGGUCGGAGUGUGUGUGCAAAAUACUCAUCUUCACUCCGUGCGGUGGCCGCCCCUCUUCUGCUUAGUGCCUUUUUUGUAACGUGAAAACUGAGGAAAAAAUAGUUCUAUUUUACAACAAAAUAUUGCCCACCAUCCAGCAGGCCCUUCCCCAACUGGCACCUCCUUAGUCAUCAUCGUCGGGCAGAGAUUAGCUGGAAACGGAGAUCGCCCGAGUAAACCCGGAAGCGCACGGGUUAAAGUCCGUCUUGUGGUUCUAGGCAGCAGGGUAAAGGGAAAGGCUACAGUCAUGUCAGAGGCCAACAAGAAGCCAGCGGCGGGCGGUGCUUCCGACGACAAGGAGUUGGACGAUCUGCUAGACAGUGCCCUGGAAGAUUUCAACAAGGAGGACAAGAAGACGACGGGCGCUGGCGGUGGUGAGGGGCAGCAUGAUGAUCCUCCGACGGAGCAGCUGUGGAAUGAGGAAUUUAUCAAUUCACAGACGAAGCUGUUUGAGGAGAAAAUGGCAGCACUUUUCGGUGGGGGCGGCAGCGGUGAGGGAUCCGGAGGGCCGGUGGACGCAGAACAUAUCGCACUCGGCUUUCAGCGGAUUGCGGAAGCAGCGGCGUUGGCCGUGCGGGGUGACCCAGCAGACGUGGCAGCCGCACCGGAAGGCGUCGAUCCGUCGAUUAGUCAGAGUAUAACUGACGCACUGCGGGGUCUGAGCGAGGGCCGCGAGAACCUGCAAACGCCGUUCAACCCGGAGGACAUUGCCGGCAUGUUCGGAAACAUCGACCUGAACGAAAGCGGAGAAAACAACGCCUUUUUGCCGUUCAUGCAGACGAUGAUGCAGAGUCUGCUGUCGGCCGAGGUGCUGCUGCCGAGUCUGAAAGACCUCACCGACAAGUAUCCGGACUGGCUGCGGGAAAACGGCGACAAGGUGCCAAAGGAGGACAAGGAACGGUACGAGCAGCAGCUCAAGCUGAUGGAGGACGUGUGCCGCGAGCUGGAAAAGGAAAAACCGGACGAUCCGGCCGACGUCAAGCGGACGCGGUUCCAAAAGGUGCUGGAGAUGAUGCAGAGCAUGCAGGAUCUGGGCCAGCCACCGGCCGAUCUGGUCGGGGAUUUGGGCGCACCCGGAAACCUGAACCUGCCCACGCUAGAUCCGGCCGCGUUCAGCGAUCCCAACCAGUGCCCGACGAGCUAGAUUUGAACGUUUAUUUUGUUUAGCUAUCGAACAGGAACGUGUUUGAACUAUUUCAUUUUAGAUUCCGCCAGGGACGACCUCAUUGUGGGGGCAAAAAUUUUACUUUCGAAACCGGGUGUUUGCGCUGGUAUAGUUUUAAACGAAACGGGGGGAGUGUGCUAGCUUCUUUAACGCUUUUUCGUUCUUUGAACGGGGGAACAAUAAUUCAGAAACCGGGAGAUAUUUAUUUGGUUAGUGUGAUUUGCAGAGCAUAUUUUAUAUGUUUUAUGGAAACAUCGCAAUAAAAUAUUUAAACUAAAACA